GCUCCAUGCUCUUAACCAAGGCCAAGCCGAGUCCAGAGGUGAAAACAUGCAAAGUCAGCAACAAUUAUAAAAAUUUUGGGUGGUCCCCAUAACCAGCCUGGUUCGAAAAGUCGGAAAACCCAAAACUACACAACAUAGACACACAACCAAACUCAUCAUCUCUCUCUUAACACUUCCACUUGCCAUCGCCGACACUUCAAGAAAAUUAAAGAAAAGAAUAAAAGAAAGUAAACUCUUUCACCAAAAAAGAAAGAAAAUUUAUUGUUCCAUCUUUCUGAUAAUCCGAUCUUACAGAGAGAGCUCCAUGGGUCGUCGCAUCUAUGGUGGCUCCGCCGUCAUUCAUCUCUUUCUUUUCUUCUUCGUCCUAAUCUUCUCCGCCGCAUCUGCAUUAUCCAAGAACCCGAAUCCUUCUUCCGGGUCAGGUCAGAUCAACUCAAACUCUGUACUUGUAGCUCUUCUUGACUCUCGUUACACUGAGCUAGCUGAGCUCGUCGAGAAAGCUCUUCUCCUCCAGACACUUGAAGACGCUGUUGGUCGUCACAAUAUUACCAUUUUUGCCCCACGCAAUGAAGCUCUUGAACGUGACCUUGACCCGGAGUUCAAGAGGUUCUUGCUCGAACCAGGUAAUCUCAAAUCUCUCCAAACACUCCUAAUGUUCCACAUUAUACCCAAUCGGGUCGGGUUGGACCAAUGGCCUCCAGAAGAAUUGGGUCGGGUCAAGCACCACACGCUAGGGAACGAUCAAGUCCAUUUGAGCAAUGGAGAAGGAAAAAAGAUGGUUGAUUUAGCUGAGAUUAUCCGACCCGAUGAUUUGACCCGACCCGACGGAUUGAUCCACGGGAUCGAACGGCUUCUCAUUCCUCGCUCCGUUCAAGAAGAUUUCAAUCGCCGUCGUAGCCUCCAGUCAAUCACCGCCGUUUUACCUGAAGGAGCUCCUGAAGUUGACCCGAGAACCAACCGUCUUAAGAAACCUGCAGCUCCAGUCCCCGCCGGAUCUCCACCGGCUCUUCCGAUCCAAUCCGCCAUGGCUCCUGGUCCAUCGCUAGCUCCGGCACCAGCUCCGGGACCUGGAGGCAAGCAGCACCACUUCGACGGUGAAGCUCAAGUCAAAGAUUUCAUCCACACACUGUUACAUUACGGCGGUUACAACGAGAUGGCGGACAUUCUCGUGAAUUUGACGUCACUCGCGAUGGAGAUGGGUCGCUUGGUGUCAGAAGGCUAUGUGUUGACGGUUCUAGCUCCUAAUGACGAAGCUAUGGCGAAACUGACGACGGAUCAGUUGAGUGAGCCAGGAGCACCGGAGCAGAUUGUGUAUUACCAUAUUAUCCCUGAGUAUCAAACGGAGGAGAGUAUGUACAAUUCUGUUAGGAGAUUUGGAAAGGUGAAGUUCGAUACGCUGCGCUUUCCUCAUAAGGUUGCGGCUAAGGAAGCUGAUGGUUCGGUUAAGUUUGGUGACGGUGAAAGGUCAGCAUAUUUGUUCGAUCCUGAUAUUUAUACCGACGGUCGGAUUUCGGUUCAAGGGAUUGAUGGUGUUUUGUUUCCUCAAGAGGAGGAGAUUGUUGAAUCGGUUAAGAAACCGGUUAAGAAAGUUGUUCAGCCGAGAAGAGGGAAAUUGUUGGAAAUAACCUGUAGCAUGCUUGGUGCUUUUGGCAAGGACACUUAUCUCAGCAAAUGCCGGUGAAUUCGCAAACCCGCCAAAGUAUUGAUGUAAACACAUUCAAAAAGCUGAUUGAAGGUUGGCCCUGGGGGGAUUGGAAAGGGAGGGGGGGCCACCACGGCGGUUUUAAAAAAACCAUUUUUCCAGGGAAGGAGAAGAGGGUUUUUUGAUUUUUUUUUUUUCUUUUUUUAAAUAUAUUUUGGGGGGGGGGGGGGGGGUGUUUGGUCUUGGAUUAUGAAUACUGUAAUUAGAUUAUAUCAAUCAUUUUUUAAUUAAUUUGGUGGUGUAUGAGAAUGAGAGUACAAUAAAUAAAUGGGAAAACAAAAAAGACUUUUUCUUUCACUGUGUAAGGGAUUUGUUGUUUUUGCCUUUUUGGAGUCCUUAGCUUUUACUGUGGGGAAAGUAUAUUUUCCACUUGGUAAUGGUAAGAGAAUAAUUAAAUUAUAGUCAUCACUAUGAUUAGAUGUCUCUGACUUAAGUAUUUUGUGAGAAUGUAAUAUAAUUAUUCUCGUGGACAUGGGAAAUGAGUUGGCUCAGGCUGUGUUUGUUGAUUAUUGGAGGAAAAA